GGAGCGAGGCCGCGCGUGCGCGGUGAGCCAAGGAGCUCGGCGGGCGCCUCUGAGCAGUGCCGAGCCGCGGUCACAGGCAUUUAUAUACCUUCCCGCGCGGGGCCGGCGCUGCCAACUGAAGGUGGGUGGGGCCGCGCGCAGUUAGAUCGGCGGGGGCGCGGCCGUUGGGGGCGUGGUCGAGCUUGGCGCCCCUCCCUUGCCCCUCCCCCACCGCACCAGGAACCCGCACCCUAGUCCCGCGGCCAGAGCUCCUCGCGCCAUGAAGGUGAAGAUCAAAUGCUGGAACGGCGUGGCCACUUGGCUCUGGGUAGCCAACGACGAGAACUGCGGCAUCUGCCGCAUGGCCUUCAAUGGCUGCUGCCCGGACUGCAAGGUGCCGGGUGACGACUGCCCACUGGUGUGGGGCCAGUGCUCACAUUGCUUUCACAUGCACUGCAUCCUCAAGUGGCUGAACGCGCAGCAGGUGCAGCAGCACUGCCCCAUGUGCCGCCAGGAGUGGAAGUUCAAGGAGUGAGGCCAGCCGUGCUGCCUGAUGCCCCUGCUCUCACCCUGAGAUGGCCUCGCCCCCACAGUGGCUCUGGGUGGCUGUCUUCUCCACGGGGACAGUCUCCUCUGGGCUCUGACAGGGUUGAAAUGAGGACUGGAGCUGCGUUUGUUUUCUCCCAUCACAAUGUUGACACUUUUAUCCAAUAAAUAAAACUCAUUAAACCACCCAAGCCUG